AUGUUUUCACCUACUGUUCAAACACUAGGACUUCUUAACCUUGAUCCUCAUACAAAUAUAGUUUCUGUUCUUACAAAAGAAAUUCAAAUAUCAAUUAUUCAUCAAGUCUCAGGGUCUAUUGUAAAUAAUUUAAAUCAAUUUCAAGCAAGUUUGAACACUGAAGAGCAUUGUAAGUGGAUGAUGGAAAUAAUUGGUGCUGGUUUGAGACUUCCAGUUGAAUGUUUUGAAACAAUUGGUCAGUGUGUUAAAAUAUAUGAAUCAUGGUUUAUUCUACAACAAUAUACCCCUCAACCUAUCGUUCAAAAAUUUAAAGAAUUUAAACGUGUUGUAUGUGAACAACUAACUUUGGUUUUAUGUAAAAGAGAAACUACACCACAAAAUUUUAAUGUAUUUCCAAAAUAUUGUGAGUUAUGUAAAAAAGUUAUUAGUAUGUUAAGGGUACUUAGUAAGUCAUUAGAAAAACAGGGUGAUGAAGUUACUCGAAUGUUUAGAUUAGUUAUUGGGUGUGUACAAGAUGUUUGCGGGUAUAAGUGGUCUAAUGAAGAAUUAGUAUUUAUUUCACCAGUAGCUGGUGUAUUAAUUCGAUUUUUUUAUGAGAUGUGGGUUGAACAUUCUAAUGAAGAUUCUAGUUUAGUAAAGUUAAUUUCUAAAUUACAUCCACAAUGGAUUACAAUUAAUACAAUUGCUUUAGAAUGGGUUAAAAUUGCACAGUACAUUCAAAGUAAAUAUCUUGAUACAUUAUAUAUAACAAAAUUAGAUAAUGGAGUAUUGUCAUUAAAAAAUGAAGAAUAUGAUUUUACACUAACUACUUCAUCAACUUCAUUACUUAAAAUGUGGCUUCAUUUUAUUCAUUUUUGUGGAAAUGUUGCAAACAUAACUAACCCAGAUGUUCUUGAGUUAGUUGAAGAAGGAUUUUAUAAUUUAAUUGUUCAGAUGAUCUCAUAUACAAAUAAUAAAAAUAUUCAACAACCUCCUGAUGGAAACAUUAUAUUAUCUAUAUACUUUGAUACUAUCAGUUUUCCUGUAAUAUAUCUAUCACACCAUAUUUAUUUUGGGGCAAUCUUAUUCUCUCUAAAAACAUUAUUUCUUAUAAUUAAUACUUUUGCCUUUAAUAAUACUAUUGACCAAUCUUAUUUAAUUAAAAUUUAUCAUGUCAUCUCUUUUGGAAUUGAUACACAAAAUAGUAUUGUAUUAUCUUUUAUUUUAAAACAACUUCCUAGUUUAUUUAAAAAAAGAUUACCUGGUAUUGAAGUAUUAUAUCCAAACUUGAUGAUAACAAUGGAACGAUAUUGUGCUUCAGCCUCAACUUCAAAAGACCAAUUAUUAGAUAUAUUAUCAUUAUUACAAUUGAUCCAACUUUCUUUCUCACAACAAUGGGAAACUAUUAUGAUUCCUACAAUUCCAAGACGUUCAUCCAUUCAAUUUUCAUACCACAAUCUCAUAGAAAAAACAAGGUCCGUAUUAUUUAGUAUCUUAAAAACUUCAAAGGAUCCAGAUGUAUUAGAUUCAUUAUUAUUAAGUUUUAAUAGGUUCUUCCUUGAUUAUGUCACUCGUGAAUUUGAAAUAAUAACAAUUGAUGACAACUCACCAGAUUUUGUUUUACAAGAAUUUAUUAAAGAAAUGAGUCAAAAUGGAUUGUAUUGGUUUGAGUGUUUAUUCAAUGCAAAGAAAUAUCAUAACAUUAUUGAAUUAUUAAGAACUCUUAAUCAAAUUAUUCCAUGUCUUUCAUCUCCUCAAGGACCAUUCCAAGAAAUUUUCCAAGUUUUAUCUAAUUUUGUUGAAUUAAAUUAUAAAACCUGUGAAAAUAUUCAUCCAGUAUUAUCAGUAUAUGCACUCUUUUUCUCAAAGUGUUAUCCAAAUUUACCAUCAAAUGUUUUGAUAGCAUCAUUAAGAUUAUGUAGUAAGAUAUGUUCAUUUUUUAAUUCUUUAAUAACAAAUGAUCCUAUGUUAGCAGUAACUUAUAAAUUUGAUUCAGAAUUAAUGAGCUCUCUGUUUAAUAACUUAAUGCCAGACUCUUUUAAAGAUAAUAUUAUUAAUGAAGUUCUUAUUUAUAACUUAUUUAAACAAUACAAUAUAACUAAUAUAUUUGAUCAUUUCCAAAUAUUCUUUGAUUCUCAUUCAGUUAUUUCUUAUAUUGAUCUUCCAUGGACAAUGAAUAAUGAAUUUUGUGACAUUCUUGUUAUUUCUAGAACUGCAUAUUUUAAACAAACAUACAUCAUUAGAUAUCUUAUGGAUAAUGAACAAUGGACUUUAAUCAAAAACAAUAUUAAUUAUCAAGAAGUCACUAUUGGAUAUCCUUGUUUUAAUGAAAAAGAGACAUGGACACAUCAAUCAGUUCUUUUCAAUCUCGAUCAUUAUUUAAAUCCUAAACCAGCAUCACAAAAACGUGCUUCACUACAUCUACCGAAUUUGAAACAUAUUGUUCAAGAGUCUUCGAACUUUAACUGUUCUCCCAUUAGGUUAUUCUGUAUGAGCAUUCACUUAAUGGAAAUUUCUCAUAUGAAUUUAAUCCCAUUAAAUACAAAUGAGAAAUUAUUAAAUGAAUUGGUAGAAUUAGACUCUGUUGCAACAAAAAUUACUGGAAAUGUUGAAUUAAAAAUUAAACAAAACAAUCAACUUUUUGUUGAAUUUGUAAGUAAUCUUGGAACCUUAGUUGAUGGCGAAACGUUUGUUGGUUAUAAAGGGAAGUAUGAUAAAGAGUCUAUGUUUGUGUGUAACUCAAAUUCAGAAAUGGAUGUAAUUUAUAAUAUUCCAUCAAUAUACGCUACUCCUAAUGAAGCCAAAGGUAAAGAAGAGAUUGUAAUUGAAUGGAAAGAAAGAAAUGAAAUACAAGAAUAUUCAACAUUAAAACAUGAUGAUAAAUUAUAUAUUAUCAUUGAACAUGAUAAUUCAGAUAUUUUUAGAGUUUUAUCAAAUAAAUGUGUUGGACCAAUGUUAAAUGUUCAAUACAUUAGUUUAGGUUCUUUAGGACUAUUUAUCAAAUUAACUUGUGAAGCAUAUUUAAGGCAAAACAAUGGUAAUAUAUCUCAAAUUAGUCGAAGAGCUGCAUUAGAAGUUAUUAAGUCCUAUUCUGAUGAUUUAAAUCCACACGCAGAAAUUCAUAUGUUAUUCAAUGAAUCUUUCAGAAAAUCUUUUAAUACGUCAGAACUUAAUUUUACUCUUGACGACUUUGAUCUUCCACUACUUUCUCCUACUACACCAACAAAACCUAGGGCUUUAGAUAUUAGACAAAAAGCACAAGACAGCUCUGAAGAUUUGACAACUUCACCAACAAAGACAAACCAAGUAAAAUCAAAUUCAUUAUUUAAUAAGGCUACUACUUCUCAGAAACCUCAACAAGAUAAUUCAUGUAUGUCAAAAUCAUCAUUUGCUUUCAAAAAGAUUGUUCAGCAACAAGAAAAACAACAACAACAGAUUCGUCAAUUAGAAUUGUUACAAAACCGUUCUUCUUCUUCUGAAGAUGUUUCUCCUUCUGUAAUUAAGUCAGAGCCACAGCCUAUUCCAAAAACAACUCCAACAUCUCCUCAAAAUAAUUUACCAUCUCCUCAAUCAAAUACAACCUUUGUUUCUCCUUCCCAAACACCUAAACAGCACGUAAAUAUGUUCCAGUCAGCUCCAGUUGUAUCUUCAUUCCAAAAAAGACCUCCUCAGCGAGGUGGUUUCUUUACACAACGUGAAACAAAUAAACAAGCAAAAGCCUCAAUUAAAAGUGCAUCAAAUUAUCCUCAAGUUUCUGUUCCAUUAGCAACACAAGCUCAUGGACAAUAUUCAUAUCAAAAAAAACAAGAAACUCCUCAACAAAAACAUAAUACCACUGGUUGGCAAAUGGGUGGUACAAAUGAAAAAACUCGUACAGGUCAUCUCACAGCAACUUCUCGUGGAUUUGUUAUGGGAGAUAGAAGAAGUCGGGAUAUUACUCCAACACAACAAGAUCAACAUGAAACAAACUGA